CUUAUCUAAAUUGUGGCCAACAGCCCAACCUACAUGCUUUGUUCUGAAUCUUUAUCUUCUAAAGAAUCUCAACCCCACGCCACCUCAUCUCUCUAUCUCUCACACAUCUCAUUUUUUCAGAAUGCAGACCAGAGCACAAGUCUCUCCACAACUUUAAUUUAUACAUAUAUUUUCACAAAGACUCCAUCUGUUGCCAAGCUUAUCUCAUCAUGGCAACUGGGUCCUUAAUUCCUCUCUUGUUUUUCUUGUUUUUUGCUGGCAUUUCAUCAGCUGACUACUUCUUACCAAGAUUCUCUUCUUCAAUCAACACUCAACCUGCAGAUCAGAAGAAGACUUCUCUUUCUACCACUCCAAACAAACUCUACAAAGAAAAGUUCUUUACUCAAACACUUGAUCACUUCAAUUUCAAUCCAAAGAGUUACCAGACUUUUCAGCAAAGAUAUUUGAUCAAUGACACUUACUGGGCAGGUCCAAAGAACAAUGCUCCAAUCUUUAUGUACACAGGAAACGAAGGAGAGAUUGAAUGGUUCGCUCAAAAUACAGGAUUCAUGUUCGAUAAUGCACCCAAGUUCAACGCCCUUCUUGUUUUUGUUGAGCAUAGGUUUUAUGGGAAGUCUAUACCUUUUGGAGGCAAUAAAGAAGUUGCAUACAGCAAUGCAAGUACACUUGGUUACUUGACUUCAACUCAGUCCUUGGCUGAUUAUGCAACUCUCAUUACUGAUCUGAAGAACAAUUUGUCUGCAACUGAUUCUCCUGUUGUUGUUUUUGGAGGUUCCUAUGGAGGAAUGCUGGCAGCAUGGUUUAGGUUAAAAUAUCCUCAUGUCACUAUUGGAGCAUUGGCAUCUUCUGCACCAAUUCUUGGCUUUGUAAAUAUAACUUCACCGUACAGCUUCAACAACAUUAUCACUCAUGACUUUAGGAGUGAAAGUGAGAACUGCUACAAAGUGAUAAAAGGAUCAUGGCAACAAAUUGAAGACACUGCAAACCAACAUGGAGGCCUUGAAAAGCUUCGCAAGUCCUUUAAAAUAUGCAAGAAUUAUAUUAGUGCAGGAUCACUAGAAAAUUGGCUCUCCACUGCAUGGGUCUACUCAGCAAUGACCGAUUAUCCAACCCCAUCAAAUUUCUUAAAUCCCUUGCCAGCCUUUCCUGUCAAACAGAUGUGCAAGGCGAUUGAUGAUCCAACGGCCGGAAAUGAUACGUUUGCAAAAUUGCACGCUGCUGCUAGUGUAUACUAUAACUACAGUGGAACCGCCACGUGCUUUGAUCUUGACGAUGAUUCUGAUCCUCAUGGCCUCGGUGGAUGGGGUUGGCAGGCAUGCACAGAGAUGAUACUGCCAACAGGAGGCAGCACUGCAGAGAGCAUAUUCCCAGCUUCAGAGUGGGACUAUAAUGAUAGGGUCACUUACUGCAAACUUCGGUUUGACAUUGAUCCUAGACCCAACUGGAUUACUACUGAGUUUGGUGGCCAUAAUAUUAAGAUGGCCUUAAAAAGAUUUGCAAGCAAUAUUAUCUUCUUUAACGGCUUAAGAGACCCUUGGAGUGGUGGAGGGGUGCUAGAAGAUAUAUCCAAGAGCUUAGUUGCUUUAGUGGAAGAAAAAGGAGCUCAUCAUGUGGACUUGAGAUUUGCAACUAGCGAAGACCCAAAAUGGCUUCAGGAAGUGAGGCAAAAAGAAGUGAAGAUCAUUGCAAAAUGGCUCUCAGACUACUACCAGGACUUGGCCCAUACAUACUCCUAAAGUUACACCUUAACACACCCAAUAGCAUUUCUGUUUUUUUUUUUUUUUUUUUGGUAUUUAUUUUUCUAAGAAACAUAUGAUAAGUUGAGAUUAUACAUUUGAUGUUGCAAGAAAUCAGAGUUCAGGUAAGGGAGAUUGAUUGACAUAUUUAAUAAAAGAAGAAAUUUAAUGGGA